UCAUUGUCUGCCACAAAAACUCUCACUCCUUCAAAUCCACUUAUCCUCACCCGCUCUCCUGUCCGAAAGCAAAAUCUCAAAUCCCAUGGACAAGCAGCCAAUACUUUCACCAGCUAAGCUCAGUACCUCACCCUCCCGUCUUCCUCCUCCCCGUAUACCCGACAAGUACUAAAUACGUCAGUAAUCGGAAAACCAUUUCUUCACCUAUGGGCAAUUCCCGAUGUCUCAGUGGCGGUGCGAUCGGCCAUCAUCGGAUAUGCUCGUUCAGGACUUAUCCUUGCCAUUUCUCUGGAAUUCGACGCCGGUUUUCUGGAAUACCCUUUUUCGAUAGGUGGAAAGCGGAGGUACUUUUGUCUUCGUCCGCGUUGCGGUGUGGACGGCGGUUGGGGCUUGUGUCGGUGAAGGAGUGCGGGGAUUUCUGCAAGCGGUCUAGUUGCGGGUAUCUUGGGUUGAAAGGUUUUCGGCGAGGUGGUGGAAAUGGUUUCCGUAUUCAUGCGGCGAUUGAUGUGGCAAGCGCAAUUGAUGUGAUUAAUGAUUUAGGGUUUGAUACGCUGACGUUCUUGGCGGUGACUGUGAUGGUUGUGCCCGCGUUCAAGUUGAUCAGAGCUAGUCCGAUACUUGGUUUCUUUUCUGCUGGUGUUGUUCUCAAUCAAUUUGGUCUAUUCAGAAACCUUACAGAUGUUAAAGUUUUGUCCGAAUGGGGAAUUCUUUUUCUGCUUUUUGAGAUGGGCUUAGAGCUUUCACUGGCACGCUUAAAAGCUUUAGCAAAAUAUGCUUUUGGGAUGGGGUUAACCCAGGUUGUGUUGUGUACACUUGCUUUUGCUGCAUUUGAACUUCCACCAAAUGGAGCUAUCGGAACAAAAGUUUUGGAAUUUCUUUUUCACUCAAGACCUGACCUGGUGAACAUUAGAAGUGUUGAUGAAGCUAUAGUGAUUGGAGCUGCUCUUUCUUUGUCAUCAUCAGCAUUUGUUCUACAGCUUCUUGCAGAGAAAGGGGAACUUCCAACAAGAUUUGGUUCAGCGACUCUUGGAAUUCUUCUCCUUCAGGAUAUAGCUGUUGUUCCUCUUCUAGUCAUACUGCCCAUUCUGGAGAGUCAGAAUCUUGGAAAUGAAAGCAUAUGGCCAACGCUGGCAGCAGAAAGCUUGAAAGCAUUAGGUGGACUUGGUCUACUAUCCCUUGGAGGGAAAUUUCUUCUCAGACGUAUCUUUGAAGUGGUUGCUGAAUCAAGGAGUUCUGAAGCUUUUGUUGCUCUCUGCCUGCUUACAGUUGCAGGGACUUCGCUCCUAACACAGGCACUAGGUUUCAGUGACACCCUAGGGGCAUUUCUAGCUGGAGCUCUUCUUGCAGAAACUAAUUUUAGGACGCAAAUUGAAGCUGACAUAAGACCCUUUAGAGGUUUACUGCUUGGAUUAUUCUUUGUAACCACUGGGACAUCUAUUGACAUGCAGCUUCUAGUCCGAGAAUGGCCAAAUGUACUCACCCUUUUAACUGGUUUAAUAGUCAUCAAAACACUGAUCAUAACUGCAAUAGGUCCACGUGUUGGUUUAACUUUGCAAGAAAGCAUACGGAUAGGAUUUCUUCUAUCUCAAGGCGGUGAAUUUGGAUUUGUCGUAUUCUCCUUAGCAAACAGGCUUGGAGUUCUUCCACUUGAAUUGAACAAACUCCUUAUCAUUAUCGUCGUACUUUCAAUGGCAUUAACUCCUUUACUCAAUGAAAUUGGAAGGAAGGCUGCUGAAAUCAUUGAUCAAAAGCCUCAAGUAAAAGAAAAGAACACAGAAUCAGUGAGCUUCGAGGCAACAGAUCCUGUUGUCAUUCUUGGAUUUGGACAGAUGGCGCAGGUUCUUGCGAACUUUUUAUCCAUGCCACUGGCCUCCGGAUGUGAUAGCAAUACCAUUGGAUGGCCUUAUGUUGUAUUUGAUCUCAACCUUAGCGAGGUGCAGGCUGCUCGGAGAUUGGGAUUUCCAAUCCUGUAUGGCGAUGGAUCUCGCCCAGCAGUUUUGCAAUCUGCAGGUAUUUCCUCUCCAAAAGCUGUAAUGGUUAUGUACACGGAAAAGGCAAUAACCAUCAAGGCUGUUCAAAGAAUCCGCCUUGCAUUUCCCGCUGUUCCCAUAUUUGCCAGAGCUCAGGAUCUCAAUCAUCUUCUUGAUCUGAAAAAAGCAGGCGCAACUGAUGCUGUGCUUGAAAAUACGGAGACAAGUCUGCAGCUUGGCUCAAAGCUCUUAAGAGGGCUAGGUUUAAUGUCCGAUGAUGUCAAUUUUUUGAGUCAGCUACUGAGAGAUUCUAUGGAACUUCAAGCUCAAGAGGGACUCACCAAAAGCAUUGACCAAGUUUACGAUGCCAUGAAGCCAUUGCAGGUGAGAGUGACAGACAUGGUACAAUCAAAUGGAAGCAGUAAAUUAACAAAGCUCGAUCUUCCAGACUUGCUUCAUAUUUCUACCACUGAAGAGUUGGAACAAACCUUGAAUGAAACUUCAGAUUUUCAAUCUGAAAUUUUAGAUGCGGAUGAUGACUUGUCAUGUAAAAAUGAAGAUGUUGACGCAGGAAGAGACGCACUGGAUGGUUCCUUGUCAUCUUCAACCGAGGUUUCCUAGUAACAUUAUGUACAGAUAUGUGGAUUUCACAACAAUCAGUGGACCUUGUUACAACCCGUGGUUGAAAAAGAGGUAUCUGUAUGCAAAAUUUCCUGCA